GUGGUGUGCGCGGAUGGCAAUCACGUGUAGGAGCGGGCGGUGGAGGGCAUGUAAGCGGCGGGGAACAACAAUAGCAGCAGCAGAGAGAUUCUUCCCAGGCUGAGCUGCAGCAUCAUAAGAGAAGGAAGCGGGGUCACUGAUACUGGCGCACAGGGAACAUGAAUGUCAGCUCCGGUGUCCCCAAAUUCCUCACUAAAAUAUGGGCGCUGGUGGAGGACCCCAGGAACAGCAAUUACAUCUGCUGGAGCCAAGAUGGAAACAGCUUCAUCGUGUUGGAUGAAGGAAGAUUUGCAAAAGAAAUCUUGCCUAAACAUUUCAAACAUAACAAUAUGGCCAGUUUCGUGAGGCAGCUCAACUGGUAUGGCUUCCAUAAAGUUAUGCAGGAUGAGACUGGUGCAGCUAGGCAUGAUAAAUACUGUUCAGGCAGAUAUCAGCACCAAUUUUUCAAGCGUGGCCAAGAAGAAUUAUUGUCAAUGAUAAAACGUAAAGUAACCCCAAGUACUGGAGAAAAGCGUGUGUUCCGCAAGGCUAAGGAGGAAACCCCCGAGUGCGGAGAGGAGACAUGCACUGUGAUCUGCACUGGGCAGACUAUAGAGACACACCAGUGCAAAACUAAGAUUCCUGUUCUUCAAAUUGAAGAUGGUAAAACAGGACCAGAUGACCUGCAGAAAAUAUUGACGUUUCUCCAUCAGCUGCAAGCAAGACAAGAUGUACUUGAUACAACUGUAGAAUCUCUUAAGAGGGAAAAUGAGGCCUUGUGGAAAGAGGUACUACAGUUACGACCAGCACAGACACAGUUUGAACCUGUUGCUUCUUCUCAGUCUUACGAUCAAAUGGCAUCUUUGCAAACAAACCAGCCACUCAUGAUUGACAGUACAGGAAACUACAACCAACUCUCAGUGUCCAAAACGUCGCAGACUGUUGUUCAGGCAUUUGACAACGGUUGGUCCACUGACAGGAAUUCCAGCAGAGGUAUCAAAAGAACUGUGAAAGAAGAUAUAGACAGCUCUGCAGAGGAGCCCAAUGACCAUUUGUUAAGUAUUUCUUUUCAUAGAUCUCAGGAAUAUGACAAAUAUCAGACGGAUGACUCUGACCCCUCAGACGUACACUCCUGUCAGAGUGAUGAGAUGGCUAAUGAAGAAGAUUACUCUUCUAACCACAGCAAUUCAUUUGCAAAGAUAGCGGAAAACUCAAUGGCAAAUCGCAGAAAACAAGUACCUCACAAGCGACUAAAAAGCAGUGCAGAGAGAUGUGUGUCGGCAACUAAAGCACAGAAUGGAUCACAGUGGAUUGGUGGUUCAGAAAAUGAAGAUGAAGGCAACAAUUGCUUUGUGGACCCUGUCAAAGACUAUCCAAAGAAAACCUUUAAAUCAUGCAGAGCCUCGUGUUUUAAGAUGGGACACAUGCUCCAAAAAAUUCAUCAUGACAAUACUUGUUUGACUGAGAAGGUUCUAGCUGUAGAGCAACAGUCUUUACAGAAACUUUCUGAAAUCUCAACAGUGCUAUCCACUUUAGCCAACUACAUGGUGAACACUCACAACUGCCAAAGAUCUUCAUGUUCACAUUCUCUGGAUGCAGCAAAGAUUCAUGAAAAGGAAAGACAGAGUUCACACAGACAUCAUCAAGGACUGUGGUCUGAUACUACAAGUUAUUCAGCCAAGAAAGAAUAUGAUUCUUAGCACAUGUAUUACAAUAUGUGACCUAAUGUACUGAGCAACAAAUAUUACCAGAAUGCAUACAUUGUAGGUACAGUCAGUGUUUCAGUUGUAUCUAGUAGUUAUUUUUUAUAUGAAUUGUUGCGCUUGUUUGGGUCAUGUUACACUCUAACAAGUACUUUUAAAUGCCGGUUAUAUUCUCUAUACAUUUACAUACAUUCAAUGUUUUACUUUAAAAGUGUUUUAAUCUGUUAAUAUCUUUACUCUGGGAAACUGAUGACUAUUGUAUAGUUCAUGGUAAGUAAAAAGGGAAAAUUACUGAGAUGAAAAUGUGUCUCCUUCACUCAUGUACUUGUUGGUGCUUUUAAAUAGCUUAUUACACAAGCAGCUUGUACUGUAUGUUAUGUAUAGAUAAAAUAUGCCAUUUUAAGUUUUGCAACAAAGCUUAGGUACUGUAUGAGAUAGACAAUUAGUUGUAAAAUAGAUGAGAUACACUGGACUAUUUCUCAUUGAUGUAGUUAAUUUUGUUUUAGCAUCAUUCUCUGUGUAAUUAAUGUUCUGCAACUUUGUUGCUGUCCGCUAUUGAUUUCUUGAUCAUUAUACCUAUAACAAAGA